GGGAACUUUCUCUUCUAAUCUAGCUUUAUAAAGGCCACGCCAUUGUCCUCACUGAAAAAAAAUGAAUCCAGGUCCUUGGGCUGUAUGCUUUUUUACCUAAAAGCUGCCAAACCCAGGCUUUCUGGUGUUCGCAGGAGAAACGUGUCCCCUGCUUCUGGUCCCAGAGACAAGAUGCGGCGGCUGGAGGAGAGGCUCUCCAGCCAGGAGAGGACCACGGCCUUCCUCCUCCACCAGGCCUUCCGACUCAAGGACGACAUUGUCUCCUACCUCCAGGAGAGCACAGGAUAUCAGCACAGGGAGACCGCUGCCCGGCAGCUGCUGGAAAACCAUGUCCAGACCAUUGCAGGAAUGGUUCAGAAGCUCUGCCAGGACAUAGAGGUUUUGGAGAGGCAAAUAAGAACAAGGGAUGGUGCCACAGCGCAAACUAAUUUUGCUGUUCAAAGCCUGGACCAUAAAUACAUCCAGAGUCUUGGGGACCUGCGUGGAAGAGUGGCAAGAUGCGAGGCAAGUAUUGCAAAGCUAUCAGGAGACAUCAGCAUUAUCAGGCAUGAGGUCCAGAAGAUCGAUAAGGAGAUUUGCAGCCUUCACUCUACCCUCAAGUAUUCUGUGAGUGGCUUUGAGAAGAUGGUAAUGCAGCUAUUAGGCAAGAUAGAGGCUUCCAACCCUGAUCAAAGCUCAAAUUUAAAGACAGUCCAGGGAGAUCAACAUCACAAAUUGCAACUUCUGGAUUUCAAGUUGACAAGCAUUCUAAGCGACUUCAAAGAUCAGAUGCAGCACCAGCAGAAGUGGACAGAAGCGCAGCUGACACGCUCGGAGGACCAAGCCCAGCACAGGCACCAGCUGCUGAAUGCCAUGAAGGAGAGGCUGGAAGCAGCAGAAAAGAAAAUAGAUGAAAAGCUUCUGCUUCUGUCACUAAAGCUAGAACAGACAGAGAAACCAGAGGAAUACAAACAAGAGUUGAACCAGAUGAGAAGUGAUGAAAACAACCUGCACGCAAGAAUCACCAGAUUUGAAAGACAGAUCUGGAAGGAGCUUGAGGAAAUCCAAAACGAAUACAGAUCAGGAUUUCAAUCUAUUCAUGAGUCUCUGGAGCUGCUCAAACAAAUACAGAACGCAAAGCUGAAGCUUGAAAAAAAGAAGAUGAAGAAAGACACUCAAAGAUACAAAGCAAGUGACCUCCCAUGAGAAUUAACUCCAAAAGCAAAUCCUUAUCAACACUUGCAGGUGCUCUCUCCAGCGAGAAGCAUAGCUGGAUUAAAAGAAGCAGUCUUUAGACACACCCACCUUCGUUUCCUCCUGUCCCUGCAGGAUGUUCUUGUGACUUAUCACAUUGUGCAGACACAAAAAUAGCAGCUUAUACCAAU